AUGGCAACCGGCUAUCCGUACGAAAGCAUGCCUCUGGAUCCACACAGGAUGGAGAUCCGACUACUUCAGCUCGAGGUACCCCGAGACGAAACGACACCUCCGCCUUUGCGGUUCGAGCUCAUCCGUGUAUCACUGAAAGGGUUGCUUCCCCCACGAUACUGCGCAAUCUCCUAUGCCUGGGGGGAUGCCACCGAGCUACGCAUCAUUCACAUUGACGGCUAUCCCGUCAGAGUGCCGAAGAACACGUACGAGGCGCUGCAGGGGGUCUACCUGCGAAAAGCGACACACCAGUACUACAUCACCAGUCAACGCGAGGCUUUCACAGACUUGUGGAUCGACGCCGUUUGCAUAGACCAGUCGAGCAUCUCGGAGCAGAGUCAACAGGUUUCGAUUAUGCAUCACGUUUACCGCAAGGCCAGCAAGGUGCUUGUCUGGCUCGGCGACGCAGCCGGUCGAGAGGUAGAGACUUUCCAGCUCAUCGAAGAGUUGUGGAGAAGCGUGGAUCCAGAUCGCGUAUCUGAGGUAUCGUCUCGUCCGAUGGAGCCUCUCAAGUCUCCAUCUGAUGCGGACUUGCCGAGCACGACCUAUGAACAAAAGCCCUUGACGUCCAAGCAAGUAUCCCUGCUAGAAACACUGUACAACUGUCGAUGGUUCACCCGCCUCUGGAUUGUGCAAGAAGUCGGCGCGGCCGACAGAGAAGACUGCCUAAGCUACUACGGCACCGCUUUUAUGUAUACGCACAAAAUCGCGCGGGUGGCCCGUCUGCUCCAAAGAGUUUACGAAGCGAGCAACGACACCAGUGUCACUCAUCACAAGUACGACCAAUGCUCUAGCGGUCUCACUGCACCUCAAGUCCCCACCAUCAGCAGUUUUAGCAAACGACAUCUCCACAACUUAUUGAGGAUUAGUAGUAAUUACGAUUGCGGUGAGCCGUUGGACAGAGUCUUCGCCUUGUUCGGCCUUCUUCCAACGGACGUUCGCCAGACCCUCAAUACUUACGCCACCAUUGAGCCAGACUACAGCAAGACUGCUGCAGCAGUGUACCGUGCUGUAACCCGAGCUGCCAUGAUCUAUACGAAAAGUAUCGUUCUCCUGGGUCAGGCUGGUCACUUCGAAAGGCGGGGCCAAUCUUCUCUCGUCGGAUCUCUGCCCUCAUGGGUGCCCGACUACAGUGUACCACCACCACCCGGACGAUCUCGCGACAGUGAUGUUGCCCGAAGCCGGUUCGAUAUGUGCCAUUGCUGCUCCGACCCAAACGUGCUUGGAAUCUACGCCGCGACGACUGAUGAGGUUGCACAUGUCGAACCCGUAAUCCGCAUUGACACUGAUCAAAGCUGGCUCGACAUUAGGAUGCAGCUUACAACAGUCGUACUGUCGGUGUAUGGAGUUUUGGAAACAGACUGGGCGAAAGCAGCGGAUCGCAGGACCAUAGCACUUAUCUGCCGACAGCUUCGUUUCAACAUCGAAUCUUCGUGGUAUCUCUGUACGGAAGGAAUGUCGAAGUUCGUGGAUUUUCUAGUCGAUACCUACAACACGAGGCUCGUCCAACGGACGAUUGGUGAGCCUGAUUCCGAAGAGAGGGCGUUCUUGAUGACACUCUUGGACUCUAAUGGCUUGAAGUUUUAUACAACACGGGCUGGAAAAGUUCGCUUAGGCUCGCCGCAGAUUGAAGUAGGCGACAAGAUCUGCCGUCUCAUUGAUAACUUGUCCUGGAUGACUUCUAUCAUCAUUCUCAGGUCGUGCGAGCACAACCAAUGGCUAUUGAUAAGCCACACCGGGUUUACUGAUAUGGACGUAAAUCUGAGCCCUGCUAUAGUUCUACAUGAUGGGGUCGCAGUUCUAACUCUUGAUCAGGAGGAGGACCGAUUUGAGGGCCGGGAGUCCAUGAAAGCAUUGAAGCGAAGGUGUUUCCACAUAAUUUAA